AUGGUUGAUCAGGAGGACGGUAUCAGGAGUCCGUAUCAUUUUAUCGCCUCACAAAGUUCAAACGAUGACCGCACAGCGAGGCGUCUAGCACGAUCGCAUGCUGUGACCCGAGGUCUCGAGAACAAACGAAGGGCUCAGCUAAAACUAGGUCAUAAUUUUCGCGUGAUAUCUCCCAAGAACGCCAAUAAACAACCAAUGAGCAGGAGAAACUCGAACAAAGCGCUUAUCAAUCAACCAUAUAACCCCUUUUCAGCCUCGCCUGGCUUUUUCCAUUGGCUUGCUACAGAAUCACCGAAACUGCAUGAAUUGCUGGACCGAGUAGCGACUAGCAAGCCUAUGGAGCCAGUUUUAAGUGUUUCCGAUGAGCUUGUUCUCCAAAACUUCCGUCCAAUCCUCCGAACAGGGCCAGAUGAUGAUCUUCUUUUAAGCGCUAUUAUGCUUACAUUCUCCUUUGCAAGUACCGCCGGUAACUUCAAUAGGGAGUGCUUGGAGUAUCAAAAUGCUGCUUUGAGUUCUGUUCGCCAAAGGAUUAGCUCUCCAAAUACAGCUACCAUGGAGUCGACCUUGGGUUCUAUUCUACUCCUCGCUUGUGUAGAGGCUCAACAACGAGCACCACGUCAGGUACAACUUCAUAUGGGGGCAAUCCACCAACUCCUUGAAGUAUGCCAAAGGAAAGGAGUUUAUUUAAGUGAUGGCAUCAAGCGUGCAAUAUUCUGGUCAGACUUGAACGCUGCAGUGAUCGCAGGCUCGGCCCGAGUCGUUGAUCAUACAACCUUCUCCGAGCUCCAAUGGAAAAGAGACCCCUUUUCUCCUGACUUCUUCAUCUUGCCAUCGGGCUUCCAAGCGCAGUCUCAUUUAUUGAGUGAAGACUUUGUCGAAAUACUCAAGGAUAUCUGUGCAUUGCAAUGCAUUCGAGACUCAGCCCUUUUCGGCAUAGAGGAUGCACUGUCCAUGGCGCAUGUUGAUAACCACCAGGCCUCUAUCCAGUCGAGGCUAGUAGAUCUUCCCAAUCUGUCGCUCUCACCAAUAGCGGAAUGUUGUCAAAUAGCGGCAUAUAUAUGCUCAACCAUGCUCCGCUGCAAGAUUUGGCGCACCUCAACUAUUCCCUCCCAUCUUUCCUUGCAACUACUUAGCAAACUCCAAGAGACAAAUGAGGACACAACAUGGAAUGACUCGCCGGAGCUACUGGUUUGGCUUCUGCACGUUGGCGGCGCUUUUGCUCCCCCGGGUGCUAUCCGAAUGACCUACAUUGAAUUGUUGCACUUGAACCUCAGCACUAGGCUUAGAGGUUUGUAUACUACAUGGGCAGAGUUGCAUAUUAUUCUCCAGUGCUUUAUUUGGUCAGAGAAAGCAUUUAUGUCGCAGAUUCAGGCUUUCUGGGAGGAAUGCCAUGUCUCAUAUCGGUUAGAGUAA